GAAAAGGCAUGAUCAGAAGCAUCGUGGAUUAUCUGCAGCUAUAUGCAUACAAAUCUGGCCCCGAUAGGCAGGUGUCUCUGUUUGUAGGAGCACGAACAUAUCAUUGGCUCAUUGCAUCCCUGAUGCCGUCUCGGCGCACGACGUAUCUCUUGGACCGUUACAGCGGUAUCUACCUGUGCACAUACUUCUGUAUCGCAAUGUACAAAUAUCCCCAAACCCCGACGCUCUCGCACAUGCCCAUCAUUCGCUUCCGUGACUUGCUUUUGAAAACGACAGCCUGCGAUGAGGAUCACCUUCGCAUUUGCAGCAGCAUACCUGCUUUCCAUUGCGAGAUGUGCAUGCGUACCCGACUACGCCGACAAGAUACUGUCUGACCCCCUGGCACUCCAACACCCGGCAGUGAUUGCAGCAUUCGAGCAAGUUCAGCGCAACCUCUCGGCUUUAUACGUCAACACCACUCGCGAUGGACUCAGCUUCGCCGUUGUCCAUGCGUCAAGCCCGAAACCAGCAUAUGUGUUCAACAACGGAACAUUGAAGUUCAACGAGACUGAUGUGAGCCCAACCGAGGCAAAUGUGGUGACAAGCGAUUCGAUAUUCCGCCUGAUGUCCUGUUCAAAAAAUGUCGCCAUGGCCUCUGCUCUGGUCAUCGAAAACCAGCUCAGACAAAACUCUUCAUCGUCUUCAUCUCUGUUAACCAUUGACACGCCCGUUCGCGAACUGCUCCCUUCUUUUGGUCUGCCGGAGAGAGACUGGAACGACGGCGGCAGCGAGAUUACACUGCGCAUGCUUGCGAGUCAUACAGCGGGUAUACCAAGGGAAAGCUACAGUACUGGCUUCAACAUGAUCCUUAGUACCGGAAAAGCAGAUUCACCAACUAUCGGAGCUGCAUGGGCGGGCGAGACUGCUCAGGAUGUAAUUGAUGGGAUAGCGAUGAAGAAUCUCAUGUUUGCGCCAGGCCAGAGGGCAGCUUACUCGAAUGCUGGUUUGGGUAUUCUAGGAGCCGCUGUAGCCACAUACUACAACAACGUCACUUCCUCAUCUCUCACCUGGUCGGAGCUGACAUCUCGGGAACUCCUUCAGCGAUUGAACAUGACUCACAGCUUCUUUGGUACUGUUCCACAGGAUCUUCUCCCAGACAUAAGCGUGCCGGGCGGUGACAGUUGGGUCGAUUUGAUCGUCGGCGAGGGCUACGACCCAGCGGCCGGCAUGUGGGGUUCUGCAAACGACCUCGCCAAGUAUAUCCAUGGCCUAUGGCUCACGCUCGAGCCUACACUCAUCACGCCCUUCCAGCGUCGUCAGGUCAUGAAGCCAAGUGUCGUACUUCCAGACGGCAGACAGCAGAGCGGCCCAGGCUGGGAGAUUGAGAUGUUGACCUUACCGACGAGUGAGAAUGCUAGUCUGGCGGAAGACAGUAUGAAGACAUAUAGCAUCUUUGGCAAGUCCGGUGAUGGAGGAGGCUGGCAUAGCUGGAUCGACACCAUACCAAAUCUCGGUUACGGAAUAAUCGUGCUCGUGCAAGGAUCUGGUCUGGCCGACUACGCAGGCAUCUCGACGGGUACCAUCAGAGAUACGGUACAUAAUAUCCUUGCACCUGCUUUCGCCGAGGCCUUGAGCACAAGAACGGGGGAGCGAUUUGCAGGGUUUUACAGCGCGGGUGAAGAUACUGGACUCAUUGCUGAUGAAGUCGCCACCGCACUCUCAAAUUCCUCGACUUACGCCAAUCUUGAGACUAAAGACCAGAUCUUGUACCUUCGCUCGCUCACAGUGAACGGCUCAUCCGCGCUCGAAGCUAUAGAUCGCCUGUCUUGGACCGCGGAUGCCCAGCCACGCUACUUCUCUACACCUGAAGGGGUUGUCUUAGAGCCGGCGGAGGGCGUAGGCGAGACAAAUGAAUUCGGACCUGGAGCGCAGGUUUGGAGAAUGAUCUUUCCAGGAUUAGCAUCGUGCGAUUGGUUCGACUUCGAUGGCUAUCAUGACAGCAAUGGGUGGCCUGUAAGCAAGGUUGUCCUUAUUGAGAAUGACGCAGGGGUCGAGCUGCACUACCCACCAUUCGACAUUACCGUUAGCCGAAUGAAGAUACACAAAUGAGACUUCUCACCAAAGUUCUGUACAGGUGUCUCGCCGUGAGUCGGUGCUAUGGACACAAGGCUCCGCUCCUGUAUUAGUCAGCCGUGCUCGGCAUCACGCGCGGAGUUCCCCUAUCAACACGUUACUCUCCCUCCGCGUCG